AUGCCAAACACCAAUCGCUAUCGUUAUUCAGACACCCGCAUCAACCAUGCCACUGUCUCCAACCAUUCACCACCCAAACGCAACCCAAAGCUUUUGACAAUCUUUCUUAAAUUCAUGGUUAUGUCCCUAAUUCUCUCACUUUUCCUUAUCUUUCUCGGCCUUGCUGCCAUCCUCCUACUCCACAUCCUCAUAUUCGGCUCCUUCCUUCAACGCCGCCGGCAACACACCACCCCACCACCCGCCUCCUCUUACUCUUUUCUCCACUUACAGAACAACCUCCCGUCCUUCCAAUACUCCUCCGCCGCCGCUGCUUCCACUGACUGUUCGAUUUGCUUGGAGUGCUUCAACGAAGGAGACUUGUGUCGUAAGCUACCGGUGUGUAACCACAUCUUUCACGCACACUGUGUGGACUCGUGGCUUAUGAAAGUACCAACUUGCCCCGUUUGCCGGACACCUGUUCGGCUGGAAGUUGAUCGGUCAUCCGAUUUGAUUGUCAGUGACGAUGACUGUAAAUUCUUCUGGGCAAUUGGUGUAGGUAGUGGUUAA